CUUCGGUAUCUCACCUUUUCAGUUCUCUCUCCCUCCCUCCCUCUCUCUCUCUCCCCAAGAAAUACGAAAUGGAUAAAACACCAUCCAACUCUCAGGAUGUUGAAGUAAGAAAAGGGCCAUGGACCUUGGAAGAAGACUUGAUCUUAACCAACCACAUCGCGAACCACGGUGAAGGUGUAUGGAACUCGCUUGCUAAAGCUGCAGGUCUGAAACGUACAGGAAAGAGUUGCCGGCUCCGUUGGCUCAACUACUUGCGGCCCGACCUUCGAAGAGGGAAUAUUACACCUGAAGAACAGCUCUUGAUCAUGGAACUGCAUGCUAAGUGGGGAAACAGGUGGUCGAAGAUUGCAAAGCAUCUUCCAGGGAGGACCGACAACGAAAUAAAGAAUUACUGGAGAACUAGAAUCCAGAAGCACAUCAAGCAAGCUGAAACAUUUGCCGCACAGAGUUCUGAGACGAAUGAACAUGGGAGCAGUAGCAGCCAAGUUUCCAGCACAACCGAAUUAAUGGUGUCCAAUUGUCUGCCAUCCUACCAAGGAGAUGUGGAGGCCUUUUCAGGGGGGAAUAUACCUCAAGAACUGAACGAAAAUUAUUGGAGCAUGGAGGAUCUGUGGUCCAUGCAGUUACUUAAUGGCGAUUAAUAAGUACUAUAUGGGAACAUUUCUGCUAUGUUCCAAAUGAUCCUAUUUCGGAUCAGUAUUACGCAUCAACGGCUUGUAAAACACACACAAAUGUAUGAAUGUAUACAGUAUCUUAUAUACUUUGCAUCCGCUUAUUUAUGAAUGGCCUGGGAAGCUUUUUCUUAAUUGAUGGAGAUAAAAAGCAAUUGAUUUGGGCAGCAAAGCCAGUCUCCUAGAUAAAUAAUUAAUCCUUGGAUUUUCAUGAUGAAA